AAUGUGUCACAUUGUGUUUGUGUGCGUCAAAAGAGCAGCUAGUGUUUAAACUGUGGCUUUGUGCUUAAGUGAGGAACCCAGAAAGGAACAUUCUCUCAUAAUUAUUCACCCUCUUGUCAUUACAAACAUGUAUGCCUUUCUUUCUUCUUGCAGAACACAAACAACUAUAUAAAAAUGGUUUAUAACCAAACAGCAUUGAGCGUUGACAUUUCUCAAAAUACCUUCUUUUGUGUUCUACAGGUCAUUCAAAUAGCCUGCAGGUUUUGAGUGACAUGAGGGUAAAUGAAUGAUGGCAGAAUUUCUAUUGUUGAGCAAACUAUUCCAUGUGAUGAACAAGAACAACAGCAGUGUAAAUAACACCGUAAAACCAUAAAACAACAGUUCAAAUGAUUUAUGUGUACUGCAGUGCAUUAUGGGAACUGGAGUACUGCAUCAAGCACGGCAGACAUAACUAUUAACAAAUAAAGCAAAUUUACAACUGCUGGUGACUUUUGGUUGCCAAGACCCCUCGCUUUCUUUUUUGCUGUUAUUUAAUAAAGGCCAUUUAGAAAACUGUAUUUCUGUUCGUUCAGUCACGUUCUGUCUCAGUAUUUGCUCCCUCAUUCUCACGGUCAUCUCCCUCUUCUUCUUCACCUUCUGUUCAUCCUUUUUAUUUGCUCUGUAUAUUUACUCGUCUGACUGCCUCGGUCGACUCAGAACACCAGUGGAAUGACAGAGAGAGAGAGAGAGAGAGAGAGAGAGGAGUCUGCCGUUACCAUGGUAACCAAACCCAUGUAGAGAAAUCAAUGAUAUCACAUAGCUGGCGAACAUAAAGCAAGGGAAGCUACAGGGGGAGAGAGAGGCGGCGGAAAUCGCUGAAGAUGGCUGAACGAUUUUACGAAUCGACAUGAAACGCAACCACAUUACUGGAGUUUUAAGGCGAGGACUCCACGCAACGCUGCCGGGCAGCAGCAGCAGCAGCAGCAGCAUUCGCUGGGCGAGCAGGAAGGAGGGCGUCUCUGCUAUGCGUCUGCUGAGAGUCUGGAGAGCAUGGCCGACGCUGAGCUCCCGCUGGGCUUCAGUCGCUCCAGCAUUCUCAGACAAAGCCUGCCGCUGGCCCGAUCACCCAGCCAGGCCAAACUAAGAGCUCCAGCGGUGUUAUUCCUACAGUUCGGUGAUGAAACGCGGCGCGUGCACAUCACUCAUGAGUUGACUAGUAUGGAGACGCUGCACGCGCUCAUCGUGCACAUGUUCCCUCAGAAGCUGACGAUGGGCGCGCUGCGCUCCCCCGCCACGGCUCUGCUCAUGAAGGACGAGGCUCGCAACAUCUUUUACGAACUGGAGGACCCGCGUGACAUCCACGACCGAUGCCUCAUCAAGAUUUACUACAGAGACGCGCAUUAUACCCCACAACACACGCAGCACCCCGUACACCACGGCCACAUCGCCAACGGAGACCUGCGCAGAGAGCUUGUGUACACCUCGAGGGAAUCGUCUCCCACGCGCCGUUUAAACCCGAUGCCGUCUUCCGCUUCACCCUCUGGCUCUCCUUCACGCUCGCAAUCUCGGCUUUCUUACACGGGCGGGCGUCCUUCCUCUUACGCUGGUCCCCAUCCGUCGCCCCAGAUGCACCCUUAUCAGCACCAACACCACGGCCACCCCCCUCAGCAGACUGGCCACCCCCACCCUGCGUUUUGCCCCUCCCCCAGCGCUAUCCUGGAACGCCGUGACGUGAAACCGGAUGAGGAAAUCACGUUGUCGUCGAAGAGCGUGGUGCUCCUUAAAAACGAAGCAAUAUAUGCAGACCCGUACGCGCUCGUGCAGGACCCUCGGCUCAGCGUGGCCUCGCCACAGGCCCUGGCGUACCGCCGCGGCUCUGUGCGCUCCAUCGCCGGCUACCCUGCUGCUGCUUUACAGUGUGAGCUUGAGGGCGCCCUCUACAGACCCGGAGGACACAUAUAUGCAGAUCCGUACGCCACUAUGGGUUUCCGCACCCUGCCCCCAGCCUCACCACAAAAACUGUCUGAUGGCAGGGAUCCGUACGGGAGCCACCCGGGUCGAGGGUCCCCUGGCAGACACGCGUUCCGUAAAGAUGGCACUGUAUACAUAGAGAGCCCUAAAAAUCGUCCGGGAGGGCCGCCUAUGGAGCAGAUAUGUAUGCUCGGGGGCCCUGGACCCGACGGAGGGCCAGUGCCAGUUUACAGCCCGGCAUUACCUGGCAAUGAAGAAACCAGAGAGCGUAUGGAGGCCAUGGAGAAGCAGAUAGCCAGUCUGACUGGUCUGGUUCAGAGUGUUUUAACCCGUGGACCGGACAGCCCUGAGAAGGCAGAAACAGCGAGUGACUGCUCUGCUCCUGAAACUGGCAGGUUUAGAAAGAAAAAAGUCUCGUCGCCGUCUGCGCCCCUGGCCCUGAUGCCACCCCCGCCCACUGGAGAGUCUCAGCCAAUAGCGAUGUCCCGUUCCCAAAUGCAGCUGCAUCUCAGCGACCUGCAGCAACACACAGCUGAACUGCGCAAACAACUGACAGAACUGCGACAACUACAGAUGCAGAAUCAGGAUUCUGUUCAGGCAUUACUAAGACAGACGGAGUCUGAUUUGGGAAUGUGUCUGAUCGAGGCGUCUCGGACGCAAGAAGAUCCGUUACAGCGCCAGCGCCUUCUUGUGGAGGAGGAGAGGCUUCGCUAUCUUAAUGAAGAAGAACUUAUUAUACAACAACUACACGAUCUUGAGCGCUCUGUGGAAGAGAUGAGGGCAGGGGCGGGGCUAAACCAUCACCUGGUAACGGAACAGGAAAUAGAACAGAAGAGUUUGGAACUCAGAAGACUCGGAGAGACGGUUACUGAACUCAAGAAUCAGUUCCCCACUUUGCAAAGUAAGAUGCGCGUGGUGUUGAGGGUGGAGGUGGAAGCCGUCAAGUUUCUUAAAGAGGAACCGCUCAGACUGGAGGCGUUGUUGAAACGUUGCAGAAGCAUCACCAAUACGCUGGCUCUGCUGCGCAGGCAGGUGUCUGAAGGUGUGUGGAGGACCCCUGAUGGCUUCAGUAGUUCGGUUUCCAGCAUGAGCGAGGCCGAUUUCAGCCGGAGCUCGGAUCUGGACAUCCUCACCAGCCCGUCUCUAAAUCUGCCCGACCUGGCGGGCACCUUAUCGGUCGCCACCACUCUCUCGGCAUCCUUGGGUACUAAUACCACCCUGGGGGCAAAUCCCGGCCUGACGAGUGCUUCCAGUAUUGGGGGGACCACUAGCCUAUCUAACAGACUCAGCUCCACUGUUGGUCCCAGUAUGAGCGGCAGUGGGAUUUCGGGCAGUACCACACUGGGCAACUGGUUGGCAUCAGCCGGGGCAACAGAUUCAAUCGUGCCUGAACUGGACGGGACCUCCACAGGGGCAAUAAGGGCCGGCGGGCUGGAAGAUCUGCCCUCACGCAGAGAAUCUGAUAAAGGUGUUUCCGUGGAGGUCCGACUGGCCGCCGAGCGAGACUGGGAGGAAAAGAGAGCCAGUUUAACUCAGUUCAGCGCUCAGGACAUCAACCGUCUGCUGGAGGAAACACAAGCUGAAUUAAUGAAGGCCAUUCCUGACCUGGACUUUGCCGCCAAGCAGAUCACCAAACCGGCCGUUCCUCCAAAACCUCAGCUGUCUUCUCUCCCGGCACCCGGUUCAGCAUCCUCGACCCCGACCUUAACACCUGAACACCAACCCAAAACUCCACCCAAACCCCCCAGCAAAGACGGCAUCCCGCGCAGAGGAUCAGGAGAGUUGACCGUGCCACGGUAUCGAACAGAAAAGCUGUCCAAGUCUCCGCCCCCUCCACCUCCCAGACGAAGUUUCCCAUCAGGCCUUGGGCUCACGACCAACAGCAGCGGAGAAGUUAUCACCAUAAACAAGAGCGCGAAGAAGUUAGAGAAAAGUGAGAACAAAGAGGAUUCCGACGUAGCGACCAACUCUCAGACACCCCCCGUCAAACUGAGACGGCCCUCGACCUCUGACGGACCCCGGCCCUCCUCCACUCCUCCGGUCAUCGCCGCUUCCGGAAUGAAAGAAGAUGAAGACGAGGAUGAGAAGAUGAUGGCCGAGCUGGAGCCUGUAGGAACUCCUCCGGGCUCGGCUAAAGGGGUUCAGCCGUCCUCCGUGGCCCGUCUGCGACAUCUCCAGCAGAGCAGCCUGGAGCGCAGGGCCCGGAAACAACAGGAGGACUUUCCUAAACUUCAGCAGGGUCAGCAGCAGGUAUUUCACUUCUAACAGAAACCUCCUCUGAUCUACGCUGUGUUGACUUCAGAGACUUUCUGCACAGAUGUGGGAGUUUUCCUGUGGACUCCUCCAGUCACUCAUUUCAAUUACAGAUGUAAUAUUUGCCUCUUCCGUUCAACACGAGAUAUUCUUCCAGGACUGCAGCACAAUGUAGUUUAGCACAGUGCCAGGUUUAGCCAAAUGACUUCAGUCAACUUUCUUUCAUUGUUUGGCACAUGAUCGGACUGCAGGAGAAAGAUCUCCCUAAACUGGGUGGACUUUUAAUGUCCUUAAAUUGAAUUGAAACAGGAUAUUCACUGAGAAGAAAUGUAGGGCGAGACUUGAUUUGAUCCAUCUUGAAUAACACGUACUGUAUGUUGUGACACAUGGGUGGUCACAGCAGACGGGAGCCAGACCCCAAAUUCACAUCUAAGAGCUAUUCAACUAAUCAUUCACUUCAUCCACACCACACUCGUGCAGAUGACGUCAACGGAAAGUUGUUACAUUUUUGAUAGAAUAUUAUGAAUAAGAACAUCUAUUUUUCUUUGAAGUAAUUUGUAUUUAGGCAAGUAAAUAGGGUUCCUUUUGACUUGUGUGUGUGUGUCCCAGAGGAUGAGUUGGCAUGUUGUUUAUUAUAGGUGAUGUGAGGUUGUUAUCACACUUGAACUGUUCUCAAUCAGAUUUUGAUGACAACUAAAGCAGUCAAAGACCAGGUAAGAAAUCAGUAACACUUUACUUAAAGCCUUUAUGUAUAAUGCAUUAUAAAGGGUUAUUAAAGGGUAUGAUGCAUGCAUUAUAAUUGUUCAUAAUGCGUGUUGUAAUACAUUACAUGUUGUUGUAAAGAAUUAUAACCAAAUUAAAACUGCGAAGUGUAAGAAGGAAUUGAUAAGUGUUGUAAUGUAUUAACUGUAGUUACAAUUGUUAAGGAGACAUUAUAAAAGCAAUAAGCCAUGUGAAGCAG